AGAGAUGGAGGAGUCAUCUGUCUCUAGCUUUGGGCUGCUCACUGCAAUAUUAGGUCUUCCUACAUCUCUGGAGUCUUUGGUUUCCCUACCUGUCCAGUGAGAAAAGGUUAGGCCUCGAGGGUGACUUUGAGAUUUUUACAGUUUCUCUGGUUUCUUUGGAAAGGGGAGUUUCACAGUGUGGUGCACGCUUGCUCCAGAAUUCCUGUACCGAGGUGGGUAGGCCUUGGGACAGGGAUAGGGCCUUACCCCAGGGCUCCUCCUUCUACCUACCCUCACUGACUUUCUGACCCUCCUGCAGCCCCAGGACCAUGAAUGCAACUUGCAACAGCAGCAGCACGUGGCCUGAUUCGAUCACCUACAUCUUCACCACCUACUCAGCCUUGCUGCUGGUGCUGGGCCUGCUGCUCAACGGCCUGGCACUCUGGGUAUUCUGCUCUCGCAUGCACCAGUGGACAGAGACCCGCGUCUAUAUGACCAACCUGGCUGUGGCUGACCUCUGCCUGCUCUGUUCCUUGCCAUUCAUGCUGUACUCCCUGAAAGACACUUCGGACACACCAAUCUGUCAGCUCUCACAGGGUAUCUACCUGGUCAAUAGGUACAUGAGCAUAAGCUUGAUCACGGCCAUUGCUGUGGACCGCUAUGUGGCAGUGCGGCAUCCGAUACGUGCCCGUGAGCUGCGGUCCCCACGACAGGCUGCCGCAGUAUGUGUGACCCUCUGGGUGGUAGUGGUCAUCUCCUUGGUAGUGCGCUGGCGCCUGGGGCUGCAGGAGGGUGGUUUCUGCUUCAGGAACCACAGCCGGCAAAACUCCGGCACCAUUGCUUUCUCGCUGUUGGGCUUCUACCUGCCACUGGCCAUAGUGGUCUUCUGCUCUUUGCAGGUUGUGACUGCCCUGGCGCAGAGGCCAACCACUGAUGUAGUGCAGGCAGAGGCCACCCGCAAGGCCACCCACAUGGUCUGGGCCAAUUUGGUUGUGUUUCUCUUCUGCUUCCUACCGCUGCACGUGGUCCUGACCGUGCAGUUCUCCAUGGGCCCGAACACCUGUGCUGCCCGUUAUACCUUCAGACGCGCCCUGUCCAUCACAAGCAGACUCUCAGAUGCCAACUGCUGCCUGGACGCCAUCUGUUACUACUACAUGGCCAAGGAGUUCCAAGAUGCAUCCAUGUCAGCCAUGUCCUCCAAUACACCCCACAAGAGCCAAGAUUCUCAGAGCUUGACUCUCACCUAGAAGUGAGCAUGUGACACGAACCAGAGGAACCUGUGAUAUUAGCAAGGAGCCCGCAAAUCUGCCUGAACAUGAUGUGGAUUUUGAACACUCUAGGAAGCUCAGGUGGCCUGGAGAGGCUGUAUCUGCUCCCUGGAAGGGACCAGAGGACUGAGACUCUUAAAGACCAACUCGAAGGACCCUGGAACAAGACCACAUACUUGCCACUCCAGAUCUAGAACCCCUGAGGCACCAGAAUGGGGCCUUGGUGGCCAGCCACUGGGUUUAGAAUAGAGAUCUGUCCUGGAGAUGGUCCUGGAAGGGCCCUCGGUGUCACCCAGAUGCAAGUGGUGAGAGGCUAAGAAGGAACGUAGAGCUUGGAGAGCCAGGAGACAUCUGAGAAGACUCUCCAAUGGCUGCUUCCUUGAGGGACCGCCAGACUUCACACCUCCUAUAUGGUUAGGGAGAGGGCAGUAGCUGUGGUCUGGAAGGCUGUCUUCUACGGCACAUGGCUGUCGAUGUUGCUCUGUAUUCAGAGGGGGUUCCAGCUCAGGAGACCCAAUGGUCAUAAAGCUAUGUUCAACAGUAACACACUGC